UAUGCUGUCGGACUGUUUCCGGUUUUCUUCGCUCUCUUCCGGAGUGAGUUACUCCACUGUCUCCGUCUCCACGUGUUUUUAUUACACUAACAUUUUGUACACAAUUCAGCAGCAGCUGUUUUUAUUAAACAUGGCGACGUCUUUUGAGCAAAUGCGCGCGAAUGUCGCUAAACUGUUAAGAGGCAUCGACAGGUAUAACCCAGAGAACCUGGCCACACUGGAGCGGUAUGUGGAGACUCAGGCGAGAGAAAACGCCUACGACCUGGAGGCCAAUCUGGCGGUGCUGAAACUGUACCAGUUUAAUCCUGCCUACUUCCAGACUAGUGUGACGUCUCAGAUCCUGCUGAAGGCCUUAACAAACCUCCCACACACCGACUUCACUCUGUGCAAGUGUAUGAUAGACCAACCACAUCAAGAGGAGCGACCAAUCAGACAGAUCCUCUACCUCGGCAACCUGCUGGAGACCUGUCACUUUCAAAGCUUCUGGGCAAGUCUGGAGGAGAACCGGGAGCUGAUUGAUGGGAUCACAGGUUUUGAAGACUCUGUUCGUAAAUUCAUCUGCCAUGUUGUAGGGAUCACGUAUCAGACCAUUGAGCACCGGCUGUUAGCGGAGAUGUUAGGAGACCCACUUGACACGCAGGUGAAAGUGUGGAUGAAUAAGUACGGUUGGCUGGAGGAUGAUGAUGGUCGGAUCUUCAUCUAUAAUCAGGAGGAGAGCAUUAAACCCAAAAACAUUGUGGAGAAGAUUGACUUUGACAGCGUGUCCAGUAUCAUGGCAACAUCACAGUAAACACACACACACACAUAUCCACAAUAAAGUUACAGUUAGACAAUAAA